AGAUACCUAACUUCUUUGAUUUCAACAUAUCCAAGCGUAUAAAUGACCAGUCUCAACUACAAUUGAGGGCGAGAGAACGCGCAGCGACCAAAGCACGCCGCCAUGCCCCCUAAGAAGCGCCAAAAGAACAAACCGUCCAGUGCGCCAGCCAAUGAAGCAGAUGACACUGCGCACUCAGUAUUGGGCGGCCUACGCGAUCCCACCCUCAACUCUCGCGUUACUGGAGACGAAACAAAAAAUGAAGACGGAGUGAGCAGCUUUAAAAUCCCUUUCGGAGAGAAAGAAAUCGUGUGCGAAGCUCGAGGCUCGCCGUCUAAGUCUGCGCUGAUCUUCACCCAUGGAGCUGGAGGCGGAAUCGCCAACCCGGCGAUGCAGGAAUGGGUCGCUGGCUGGGCCACGGAAUCAAGUGUGAUCAGUUUCCAAGGCACCAUGAAUCUCAAGUCACGAGUCAAGACGUUUCAUGCGGUUAUCGAGCAUUCGCAGGGUGCUACGGCGUUGGGCGGACGAAGUAUGGGUGCUCGAGCAGCGGUGAUGACUGCGAAUGAACUGGAGGAGAAGCCGAAAGCGCUCGUGCUGGUCAGCUAUCCAUUGACUGGGGGAAAGGGAGGCGAUCAGCGACAACCUGAGACGAGGGAAGAUAUCUUAACGGACCUGCCGGACACCGUCGAUGUCCUUUUCGUGUAUGGAUCCGAGGACACAAUGUGCGAUGGUCAAUUAUUGCAGGAGGUUACUGAGCGGAUGACGGCUCGAUCAUGGCUUCUGGAAAUCAAAGGGGCUGAUCAUGGUACGAGUCUGAAGAAGAAGGCAGGUGUUCAGCCUAUCCGGGAUAAGGCUGGAUCUGUUGCAGCCAAAUGGCUGAAGGACCGCGAUGCUGUCAAGCGAUACUGCGCAAUUGAAUGGGAUGAUGAGAACGCAAGGGUGGAUGUCGAGGAGUGGAAGAAGAAGCAGUCGCCGGCGACAAAGAAACGCAAAAGGCGAUGAGCAGGUUUUCAUCGGAAGCUUCUGGUAUUCAACGCCAUCUGACCAAGCAUAAAUCUGUGUAUGAGUCGCGGUGAGGAUAGCAAGAUAGCCUUGUCAUUCCCCGGCGGAUCUUUUAAAGGGC